AUGACGACGAAGAUUACGCUAAAGUUGAAUCCGCCACAUAACGGCAGAUACUAUACCGAGGAUGAUAUAAUAUCUGGAAGCGUGGUUCUCAAGCUUGCCAAGGCAACGGCGGUGAAGCAGCUCAGGGUGAUACUGAAGGGGACAUCGCAGACAAUGACGCUGGCGGAAGCCGACAGACACAGCAGCAGGCUGCCGCAGGACCCGCAGACCCAGUACACGAAGGAGAAGUCGACGCAUAUUUUGUUCCACCAGGGCGUGCAGCUGCUGCCGCCGACGGGGGUCGAGGACUCCAUCAAACUGGGGCAGGAUACAUACAAGUAUGGCUUCGAGUUCAGGCUCGCGGGCGGGCCAAAGUGUGUCAGUGGGCACCAGGCGACAAGCCACUCCUUUCUGGAAGACAAGGCGCACGAGCACUACGGAGAGCAGCUCCCGCCCAGCUUCAACGACAGGCACGAAGGCGGCGGCGUGACGACGGAAGAGCUUUUUUUUUACAACUUGGGCAAGGUGAGGUACACUGUGCGGGCCGAGGCGGACGUUGCGACCGGCAACAAGUGGGCUCCAAAGAGCCCGCUACACGAUACCAUGGUGAUCUCUUUUCUUCCCUUGCAGUGCCAGGCAUACGUGGAGAAUGCAUGCACGAGUGCAGGCAGCGACGAUACCCUAGUGAACUACACUGCCCUGCCACGGACUUACCGCGCAGCGGCUGACGUUGUGCUUUCAGAUGGGCUCAGCGUGACCCCGGAGGUGCGCUCGAACGCGCUGGCAUAUGUCCAUCGCCUAGACUACCUAUUCCGUGAAAGCAGCGGCAAAUUCGGAAACAUAUUCAUGGUCUUCAGCGGAGACCCUACCAAGCACAGCGUCAAGCUAACGAGGCUUGUGUUGAGCCUACACGAAAAAGUCAGUUUUACAGCCAAUGGCCAUACCAACAAGAACCUGUCGCAGCUCAAGCUCAUGGACACGCCUUUGGACGAUGAGCUCCAGUUGCGCGACUUGCAUAUCCUAGAAGAUGGCUCUCGCGAGGGCAAGUUGAACCUCGGGGAUCACCCGGUGCUCAGCCGUCUGCGCUUCAACGAAGAAGACUACAUACACCGUGGAAACACGCUCUUCAGCUUUACCACGUGCAAUAUCAAACGGGAGUACUACUUCCAGCUAGAUUUGCACUGGAAGGUGGACGCAACCGCGGUUAGGUCUGAAAUUAUCGUGGAUCCUGUAACAGUGUACGCGGAGUCCGCGCCCCCAGCCUUCGAAGGCCUCCCGCCAUACCCCGAGAAGCCACCGAAGUACGAAGCAUGA